AUGGCUGAGAAAUGUGUUCACAAAGGGUGUGGCAAGGUGUUUACGGACGCUGAUGAGCCGUGUGUUUAUCAUCCUGGCCCGCCAAUAUUCCAUGAAGGGCAGAAAGGCUGGAAAUGCUGCAAGACUCGAGUCCUUACCUUUGACGAAUUCCUGGCCAUCCCACCAUGUACUACCGGGAAACACUCGACCGUCGACGAUACACCUGUUGAAUCGAAGAAUGAAGCUGCUGAUGUCCCAGACACUACCCCUGCUGCUCCCGUUGGCACCACAAAACCAAUCGCCGUGUCAGCUGCUCUACCUCCCUCUCUCAGUGCAAGCGGAGCACACACGCCCACGCCGAGGGGCACUCCUGCCCCGCCAGAGUCCGAGUCGGACGACCCAUCGUUGGAAAUACAGCAGGGCGCAACAUGUCGUCGGAAGGGCUGUGGUAAGACGUACAGCGGGUCUGGAGCCAGGGAGGGUGAAGAGUGCGUUCACCACCCCGGACAGCCUAUCUUCCAUGAGGGGAGUAAAGGCUGGACUUGCUGUAAGCGGCGAGUGCUGGAAUUCGACGAAUUCCUGAAUCUGCCUGGCUGCAAGACCAAGGAUCGCCAUUUGUUUAUUGGAAAUGGGGUGAAGUCAGCUGAAGAGAAGGUCAAGGAUGUUCGGACCGACUUUUAUCAAACUUCGUCAACUGUGAUAGCAUCAGUAUAUCUGAAGAAGAUAAUCAGGGAGGAUUCAAGGGUCUCUUUUUCAUCCCCAACGACAAUUGACCUUGACCUUCCAACCGCAGACCAUAAACGAUACGAGGACACCUUCACCCUCUUCGCACCGAUUGAUACGGAAAAAUCUUUCUAUAAGAUCAUGAGCACGAAGCUUGAAUUCACGCUAGUCAAGGCGACCGAAGACAGCUGGCCGGCCUUGCGCAGCACCGACCCGAGGACGGGCGAGAUCAUUCAGACAGGACGGCCGACGAGGGCAUGA